UCCUCUGUUCUCUGCUGACGCAGAUAGGAACAGAGGCGAUUGUUAGUGCCAUGCUGGGUUGGCAAGAUGAACAGGUCCUUUUCGGAAAGAGAUGCCAUCUCUGCAAGCAGGUCUUCCUAGGACCCUCGGCGCUCUGCAGAGAGCUGGGUUCUCCUUAGCAAUGGACAAUGAGAACUCAUGGCUGAACCAGGCCUCCUGGGAGCGGAGGCAUGCUUGGGCCAAGCAGGGCUGUACACAUCACAGCACAACUGCCAAAGCAGAGGGGUCCCCUUCUGGAGCACAGGAGGUGUGUGAUCUGCAGCUUCCAUUCUUGGAGAAUGGUCUCUUCCAAGAGACCUCAUCUGAUAAGAUUGAAAGCUGGCUGGCAGAAUGCAGCUCUUCAGCAGAUCCCUUCUCUGAGAGCAUCUCUGGUCCUGCAGCCUGUGGAUCCUGUAGUAACAGAACCAGCUUUGAAGAUGACCUUAGCUUGGGAGCAGAAGCCCCAUUGCUGCUGCACAAAGACAGAUCUGAAUCCAGGUUCCAAAAAGGCACCUGCUGGCCUUCCCAGCCUAUCAACCUGGACCAUAGCAUGGCUUACAGUGCCAUCUCGGGAAGCACAAACAAGACCAGCUCCAGUAUCUCAGAGGUGUUGGACCUCUGUGAAGUUGAUGCUGAGACCAUCCUCUACAAUUUGGGCUUCAUCCAAGAGGAGACACAGGACACCUCUUGGAUUCCACCUCGGUUCUUCUUGGUUCCAUCCCAAGCUGAGGGCAUCGACUUUCAAGCCUUCCUGAGAGCCCAAGUGCGACGGAUAGAGAUGGAGGAUCCCUGCCUGAUGUUAGCAAAUCGGUUCAAGCAAGUCCAGAAUCUGGCUGUCACAGCAGAUGCUUUCUUCUGUUUGUAUUCAUAUGUCUCUAAGAUGCCCGUGCAGAAGAUUUCACCUACACCCUUGUUCUGGAAUCUUCCAGAAACACUACAUUCCUGGAAUCUUCCCUCUAGCCCCAACAGUCUUUCUUUAAUCCAGCGUUUGCAACAAGCUGUUUCCAGGAUGUGCUUGUACACUUCACCCAGAGAAGGAAGUCCCUCAGGGGCAACCGGUGUGCUAUCUCCUAUGAGAUGCCUGGAACAGGUUGUAUGGGAAGUGAUGGAAAAGAUGUUGAAAGAAAGGACCCUCACAGAAGUAGGGGAUAUGAAAGAUGAGGCACACACAAUACCUUCUGGAGACCUCAGCAAAAUGGCAAAUGCCUCUUCAGACUCUACAGCAGUGGCGGUAGCUCCUGAGAUAUCUUCCUGCUUGGGCCACAAACCUCCAUCUCAUUCAGGGGAAACAACAGAUCUUAUCAUGCCAGGACCGGAAUCCUGGUUUUCUCACUGCACCGGUGAGGCAAGAGAGGAUAAAACAGACCAUCCUGGCUAUCCAGGACAUUUCCAUUUUCCAAAAGCAGCUUCAUCUCCAGAUGAAAGCAGCAAAGAACCCGAUGGAGAAUGGUCAACAGAAAAGGUCUCUACCACCGAGGAGGAGGAUUAUAUGGAUUUGCCUUGACAGAACUGGGUUAGGGCUGUGGGUAAAAAUGUGGUCAGCAAUGAGCCAGAUGUUUGGCCAACCAAAUAUUGCUUGGACUGUGUGCCUCAGCUUCAUUUCUACAUCUGCACUAGGAGGGCAAAUAAUAUAGGCCUACUUUUACAGGGUUUUUUUUACACAUGUAAGGUGGAUUUGUCCACUGAAAAGAGCUAUUUAAAUGC